AUGGUGUACAGCUUUAAACAAGGAUUUUUUUCAGCUGGGAUAUUGUCCUCACAAAGGAGUGAGAGCACAAACCAUGCGAUUGGAUUUAAGGGAAACAAAUCCACUACUCUGACAGAAUUCUUCCACAUUUUUGGGGCAACUGUUGACCGUUGGAGGUAUCAAGAGGACCAAAACGAAUUUGACAGUGGAAAUGCUUUGCCCAAAUCAGAUUUCCCUAUGGUUGGUCUGAUUAAACAUGCAGCAAGUGUUUACACACUUACAUUGUUUCGAGAUUUUGAAAAAGAAUUCAAAUACGCCAUGGGCUGCAUUUCAACAAUUGACUACAUGAAUGGAAAUUUCCUUGGCUACAAAGUACAGCAUGAAUCAUGGCCAGAUCAUACAGCAAAAUAUGUUGCAUUUGAUCCAUCAGUCAAUUCCAUUGCUUGCACCUGCAGAAACUUUGAAGAAUCUGGAUGGCUAUGUUUUCAUCCAAUUCGUGUUCUACAUAUACAUUCUAUAAUCAACAUUCCGGAGCAAUACAUAUGCAAAAGGUGGACAAAGUUUGCAAAAAGUGAAGUGUGGAAGAAAAUGGAACAAAAAGAAGAUAACGGAAUUGAAAAAAGAAAAAUUACUCCAUGGCGUUACGAAAUGGAAAGAAAUUUUUACAACUUGGUUCUUAAGUGUCAGGGGAGUGAAGGAGCAAAAAAGGUUUUGAGAGAUGCUUUUACCAAUGCUUUUGAGAGCAUAAAUAAAGUACUAGAAGCAGAAAAGGCAGCAGAAAAUGAGUCAGCACAAAAAGCGGCAGAGGACGUUGCACCAUCAUCAUCAUCAUCAUCAAAUGCACCUUUAGAAGGCCAUCAACCUCUUCCACAAAUAACGGUUCAAAAUCCACCACAAGUAAAGACAAAAGGAAGAAGUAAGAGAACACGAGGACACUUUGAAGUAAGGACAUCAUCAACAAAAGCUACUGAAUUUGGAACUUUUGAGCCAAAAGAACAACUAUUUUAA